GGGCACACGAGCCUGGGCGUAUACUUCCUGACAGCUCACACUCACAGGGUCCCCACACUAUAAAGAACCAUUCGCUUAAUUUCCCAGCUCCUAGCCUAGUGCUGCCUUGCGUCGCGCAGUCCGUAGCUCGGUGGUGCCCUGCGUGUCCAAGAUGAACAGUUUGUUUGGAGGAGUGAAGUCCAAGGGGGCAGUGAACGAGCUGCAGGAGGAAGGAAAGAAUGCCAUCAACUCGCCCCUCUCCAACACGUUGCCCGACAUCCGCCCGGAGGACACCUUCCUUGAGGAGAACGAGGAGCGCACCAUGAUCGACGCGCAGUCCAAGAGGGACCCCAAGCUGCAGGAGCUGAUUAAGGUGUUGAUAGACUGGAUUAAUGACGUGCUUGCAGAAGACAGGAUAAUCGUCAAGAGCCUCGAGGAUGAUCUUUUUGAUGGGCAGGUUCUUCAGAAGCUCCUGGAGAAGCUGGGGAAGCAGAAGCUGAACGUGGCCGAGGUGACGCAGUCGGAGGUGGCGCAGAAGCACAAGCUGCAGACGGUGCUGGAGGCCGUGAGCGCCGUGCUGCGGCCGCGCAACUGGAACAUCAAGUGGAACGUGGAGCUGAUUCAUUCCAAAAACCUGGUGGGCAUCCUUCACCUGCUGGUGGCACUCGCCAUCCAGUUCCAUGCACCAAUCCGCCUGCCAGAGAACGUGUCUGUCCAGGUCAUCGUUGUACAGAAGAGGGAUGGUUGCCUCGCUUCCCACAGAGUCACAGAGGAGAUCACGAGUACCACCGAAGACAUGACUGGAAAAUAUGAGCGCGACGCCUUCGACACGCUCUUCGAUCACGCCCCAGAGAAGCUCAACGUCGUUAAGAAGUCGCUCAUCACAUUUGUCAACAAGCAGCUGAACAAGUUGAACCUUGAGGUCACUGACCUGGACUCACAGUUUGCAGAUGGAGUGUACCUCGUGCUUCUUAUGGGUUUGCUGGAAGAUUACUUUGUGCCGCUGCAUAACUUCUUCCUCACUCCGGAGGGCUUCGAGCAGAAGGUGCACAACGUGUCGUUUGCAUUCGAGCUGAUGCAGGACGCGGGACUCAACAAGCCCAAAGCGCGUCCCGAAGAUGUCGUAAACCUGGACCUGAAAUCCACCCUGCGAGUCUUGUACAACCUCUUCACCAAGUACAAGCACAUGGAGUGAGAUGCCAUGCUGCAGUCUGACCGUGGAAGGCUAGAACACGUCCCGACAGGAUCCACUCGCCGCUCUCACAGAACGCAAUGGCCGCUUGCUCGAACGCAGGAUUCUCAACACAUUUGGUGUCUCCGUGGAUUUGUUGUUGUUGCUGAUGUGUAUCACUCGGGAUGCAAUUAAUGCAUUUUACUACUUGAUUAUUUGUAGGGGUAUUUUUGUUUGUUGUUGUUGUUGUUCGUGUUUACUAAUUUAAAAUGUGCCACAUUCUGUCAGCGCGAUCUACAAUUUAGCAAAUACUGGAAAUUACUUGACCAUUAGGGCUCUCAUGAGGUAUAUCAGUAUUAUUAAUAUCGUUUAAAAUAUAUCAAGAUCAUGUUUGGGGUUUUAUUCUAGCUUUGUAAGCCCGUUGUCGACGAAGCAUUCUCAUGCCUUGUCAUUCAGUGAUGUGUGAUGGACACAUUUUGGCCAGUAAUGGUAGAGAUCUAACCAAUGUCCCAAGAACGUGCUAUUUUGUAGCUCCACGCUCAAGAUACACGCGGUUUUGGUUCGUGGUGUUAAAUUGGUCUAACGACGGUGCCGCAUUUGUUGAGAGAUUUAUUACAUGCAAUGAAAUUCGGUGAAAAUACACAAGAUUAGACGUUUUAUACAGGCAUGACUGUAUACAAUUUCUAUGAUUGAUACCUAUAUAGUAAUGAUUUCUAAAUGAGGCAUGCAUUUUUCUUAUCUGAUGAAAUCUAUGCCGUAAAACAUAAUUUUUAUGUCCCCCCAAAAAAUCCUCAUUGAAAAAAACCCCCAACUUAACAUUCUCCCACAUGGAACAUUCUAUUUGACUCUGUCCCCUGAGAAACAUGUUACUCUAUUGGAAAAUAUGGAAUGGUAAUUUCACCUUAUUUAAACGUCUUCCCUGUAUUUCAUCGAGGGGUUAUGCACUUGUUUGAUGCUUCCCUUUUACUUCAGUUCGUGUGCAUUCCAUUGGGAGACAAAUGCCCAGUCAUCUCCACUCCGCCAAAGCUGAAUGUUCCUCAUUUUCUCUGAAGGCUCGUCCACGCUUGCGCAAUCAGUUGCGCAAUCAAAUCGCUCUCGAAAUCGCCAUUUACAUUUAGCUCCACUUUUUUUUAUCGUUAGCUCCACCUACACCGUGUUAUUGAAAUGACCAUCUUUGCGCACGUGGUGAAAUACGUCACUCAAAAAAAAAUCCGUCUCUACUUUGAGCAACCGGUUGCGCAACUGGCAACUUGCAUGCGACCGAGUUGCGCAAUGUCGCUCGGCUGUGGAUGGGCCUCAAGGUACCUUUUGUACUGCGCUUCAUGCGCUGUGUGAAGGUAGCGGCCAGCACCAAACAGAGUUGCUGUGAGCAGAGGGCCUCUCUCAAUAUGACUGCUUGCAGUCAUGAGACAUUUGUUCAGCUACAUCUAAAGAACACCAAAUAAGUAAAUAAUGCUGAUUACCGUAUAAUUUGCCAAAUCCGCACGAAAGGUAAAUUUCCACCGACCGUCCUGACAUGCGCGGUUGAAGUUGCACACAGUCACCGGCAUUAAAUCAAGAGCCGGUGCAGUGGUGCCACGUGGCAUAUGUGUGAGCUGUGGGCCAUUCUAAAAUUGCUAUUUACGUCUGUUAAAUCUCAUUGCUGGCUUUUGAUGAUAUAAUGUGAUGGGAUUUGAGUUGACAGAGUUGUGGGAAAUGCCUUGGUUGCAGAUGCUCAGUGACCGCUGCCAGGUGUCUUCGUUUGGAGACGUUGAGUGGAAUUUGCCUUCCUUACGGAGCUCGCGUUAAAAAGAAAAUUGCACCCCGUUGCCUCGAUGACGUUUCUAAACGCAAUGACGAUGUGCCUUUAAAAGUACGGGUCGCUGAGCAUCCACUGCUGCCCGUUUAUCAGGACUUUUGGUGAGAUUUUUUGUUUUUAACGUUUACAGGUGUAUCCAUGAUUGCCAUAUUUAGGAUGUUGUGCUGCAGGAGUGGCAAGAAAUAAAAAAAAAAAUAACAACCAGUGUAUUUAUGCAAACCCCUGCAAUGUUUCUGUUCGAAAAUUAUGCACUAAAAAGAAACGAGUAAUAUGCUAAACACUGCUUGGGUGGUAGAGGCUUGUGAUUGGUGACCCUGAGGAAGACACCAGUAUCAACAUCGCGAAGUCAUCAUAUUCCAGUGCAGUGUGUGACGUGAUCUGUGCUUAUAGUCUUAACAUUAGUAAUAAAAGUGACUACUUUGGUGUUUGA